CCCAAACUUAUGGCUUAUCAUCAAGAUCACCCCGAAAUUUAGCGAUUUUUCUCCCAUUGGCCCCUCGCCUCCCGUCGGACAUCUAAGUCAACUUCUUCGUCAAUGCGCGCUUCACUAUAACAGUGUCGCUGUUUUACUCUCAGACCAUCAACAAAACUCGAACAAUGGCGGAACUCAAAUCCCUCGCAAUUCUUUCCAUCAUCUUGCUAAAUCUGAUCUCGAUUCUCCCAUUCCGAACAGUAUCUUUCUCUCCCGAUCACCCCACCGAUCGCCAGAUCCUAGUUCUGCUCGACAAUCUAUCCCUCAAAUCAUCGCAUUCCCUCUUCUUUGCAGCCCUCCAAUCCCGCGGAUUCAAUCUCGAUUUCAAGCUCUCUGUCGAUCCUUCCAUCACCGUCAAGCGGUACGGCCAGUACUUGUACGACGGCAUCAUUCUCUUCUCUCCUACAGCUGACCGGUUUGGAGGGUCGUUGGACGUGAACGGGAUUUUAGAUUUUGUUGAUUCCGGCCGUGAUUUGAUUUUGUCCGCCGAUUCGAAUGCCUCUGAUUUAAUUAGGAACAUCGCUGCUGAAUGCGGUAUAGAUUUUGAUGAGGAUCCCUCUGCUAUGGUUAUUGAUCACACUGGUUAUGCUGUCUCAGAAACUGCAGGAGACCAUACCUUAAUUGCUUCUGAUAAUUUUAUUCAGUCUGAUGUUAUUCUUGGAAGCAGUAAAAUAGAGGCCCCUGUCCUCUUUAAAGGGAUUGGACAUUCAGUGAAUCCCGAAAAUAGCUUGGUUUUGAAGGUUCUUUCUGCAUCUUCUUCAGCUUAUUCCGCUAAUCCAACCUCAGAAUUGUUAAACCCUCCACCUCUUACUGGAACAGCUAUAUCAUUAGUUUCGGUUCUCCAGGCUAGGAAUAAUGCAAGAGUUAUGAUAUCUGGAUCAUUGGACUUGUUUAGCAACCGAGCAGGAGUGCAGAAGAAUGGGAGCGUGAAAAAGUUGGUGAAGCUUUUAAGUUUUAUCCAUUUCUUGGGUACAAAAUAUCCUGUUGAAGAAUGUUUUCUGACUUCUCUGAUGAUUUUCUUGAUCUAUAUUAUAGCUUGGAGACAUGAAAAAUCUGGUAACGAACAAUUUGUCGCUGAACUUAGCAAAUGGAUAUUCCAUGAAAGAGGUCAUCUGAAGGCAGUCAACCUGAAGCACAAUAAAGUUGGUGAAACUGAAGAGCCUCCAACGUACAGGAUCAAUGAUGAUCUGGAAUUCUCUGUGGAAAUCUAUGAAUGGUCUGGUACUAGUUGGGUCCCGUAUGUCGCAAAAGACGUUCAAGUGCAGUUCUACAUGAUGAGCCCCUAUGUCUUGAAAACUUUGUCCACAAACCAGAAGGGACUCUAUUACACUUCAUUCAAGGUACCAGAUGUUUAUGGAGUUUUCCAGUUUAAGGUCGAGUAUCAGAGGCUUGGGUACUCUAGCUUCUCAUUGUCGAAACAGAUUCCAGUAAGACCCUUCCGGCACAAUGAAUAUGAGAGAUUCAUCACAACGGCUUUUCCUUACUAUGGUGCUUCAUUUUCUACGAUGGCUGGAUUCUUCAUCUUCAGCAUCAUUUACCUGUACCACAAGUGAAAAAUCCUUUUUUGAAGGGAGAAUAGUUAUGCACCAAAACACCAUUUACUUUGAGCUUUUCCUCAUACAGUGCAGGAUCUAACAGGAUUGCUGUUAACUUCAUAGAUGUUGACCCGGCAUACGUUUGACUCUGUAAACAGAGGAUUAUGGGAUAAAGAGAAAACAGCUAGACAUUAAUACUGUAGGUCAAACAAACAUAUGUUUUGUGCUUUACCUGUAUGCAGAGGUGGUAAUUUUGCUUUGCAUGAAUUUCCGAGGUUAAAUUGAGGAGAUAGUAGUUAAUUUACAAUUGUCAUUUGGAACGUACUUUUCAGCAGAUAUGCAUACUUUUAAUAUAAAAUGUCA